AUGGUCUCGUCAUCGGGAAUCGAAGAAAGGGCUACUGUUGGUACACCGUUGGUCUGCGCCUUUCUCAAAGGCAGCGAACCAGCUUCCGUUGUCUUCAUCAUAUUCCUGGCUAGUUUGUUUACAAACUCACUCGUGUUCCUCGUUUUCUACAAGAAACCGGCACUACUCACUAUUUCCAACCGUUUCAUCCUCAACUUGGCGAUUUGCAAUAUACUGAACACCAUAUUCGUGAUACCGUUUGUAUUCGUGUCCUUGGUGGCACGAGAAUGGAUUUUCAGCGCGCCCUGGUGUCAGGGUAUAGGAUUUCUCACAACGGUAACUUUCUCGGCCAGCACCUUGACUUUGGUGGUGAUAUCCGUGGACCGGUAUUGCGCUGUGAUAUCGCCUUUGCAUUAUAAGAUGAGGGUGACGUCGCAGCGAGCCACGGUCAUGAUACUGGCUGUCUGGACAAUAGCUGUCGGCGCAGCCUUGCCGCCGAUAUUCGGCUGGAACCAUUUCGAAUAUCAGGCGGAGAAAUUCACAUGUACUGUUUUGUGGAAAAGCAGGGAUACGAGUGAUCAGUAUUACACACUCUUUCUCACACUCGUCUGUUUCGUCCUACCGCUGGGUGUGAUGGUGUUCGCGUAUGCCGUCAUCUGCCGGGCUGCCCGUAACAACAGCGAGAGAACGCGCAGGAACAGCAUUAUUCCGACGUCGACGGAGGAAGUAAGUGCGCAGGCGCUUCCGCGUCACGGACGCAGGCGAAGCAGUGCGUCUCUUAACUUGUUGUUCAGUAGGCGUUUCAGCACGGGCAGUAAAGGGCAGACAUUUUUCCGCCCGGACGAAUGGAGGGCUGCCGUGACCAGUUUGCUUGUCGUGUCGACGUUCAUCGUCUGCUGGCUGCCGUAUUUCGUCAUCAUCGUCUUGGAAUCCACUUUGACGAAUCCCACGGACAUUCCCGCUUCUUUUCAAAGUAUUGCUCUCUUUUUGGUGCUUUCUAACAGUGCUCUGAAUACCAUCGUGUACGUGUUCAGGAGUAAAGUAGUCCGGCAGGAACUUCGCGCCAUAUUCUUGCUAAACCGGGGGAUAUCUCCCCGAGCCUUGGCCUGGGGACCUUCACGAUCGGCGGGGACCGGGGACUCGGCCGACUUCUCCACAGCCUCUGCUCGUGAGGCCCCUCCUCUCCUCCACACGUCCUCCACCAAUACCACCCUUGCCUCCUUGGUCGUUGUCAGCGAAUAUGAAGAUUUAGAAGCAUGAUCAACGUUUAUUAAGCUUCCCAAGGAACUGUGGACCAACAUCCUAUUCAAAGCCAGUCAGUUUUGUUAGUCAGAAUUAAACGCAAAUGUUCAAUGGCAGAGUCAUCAGAUAUUUGACAGUUUAUUUCAAGAUUACGUUAACACUGUUUUAGGCGAGAAGUUCACGUGAAGUCACGCUUUAGUUCAGUUCAGUUUUACUUAAUGAUUUGAAUUUGUGUUUCUCGUCUUUCAGAUACAGAAGAGGUACAGAAGUUUGUGACAUAAAAUGCUAUCGCUAACAUACAUAAUGUAACAAAACUAAAAUGUGAAGGGAUUUAGUGUUAUCAGGUAGACUUAUGUUCACAUUGAAAAGCGAGACUUCGCCCUAUAUGAUUUGUAUCCAUCCCAUGUUUCAAAGCGAUCAUAAGGUAACAAAUUAAAACGUCUGUAAUUUGGGAUUUGUUAGAUUCUUCACACAAGGAUUUUUACCAUGCACCUGUGAAAAAUAUGUCGUCUGUUAUACAUCUCUCACGGAUCAAAUCCGAUAGAGUUGUGAUCAUCUUUGUAUUAUUAUUAAUAUAUGUUCAUUUUUAAACACUGUGUACAGGGUAUUCAUUUCCAUCAUUGAGGCAAUUCCCUUGUAUCCUUAAAGAAAAUUGGAUGACUUGUUAAUAAUCGCAUCCGUUUUCAGUUUUGAAUAGUUCGUGAAUUUGAAAAGGAUAGAUAUUUAAGAGGAUUAUAUCUAUAGGCAAACAUUUUUUUUUAUUAGAUCAGACCCGAUUCGGUUUGUAUGUCGUAAACAUAAAGUUAAUAGUGUGAUCAUUGUUUUCAUUUACUUUCGGUACACAUAUGUAGGUAAAUAAUGAAAUAAUAAUUAUUCAUAACUAUUCAUAUUAAAUUAUUCAUAACUUUAGCGUCAUAACUUUAGAACAGUUUGGACUCUCUGCUUAUCAUUAAGUCAUAAUCGACCAUACCAAAGCCAGUAGGUGUGGAAUCCAUGGUUUUCGUUUUUGAUCUUUUUGAUGUUGUGUAUAAUUGUCGUAAAACGCGUCUCCACCAAGAUGAUUGUCUCCACCUGGCUUCCUCCCCGGCCCUACGCGGGAAGAUCUGCCAGUAACCUGCGGAUGGUCGUGGGUUUCCCCCGGGCUGUGCCCGGUUUCUACCCACCAUAAUGCUGGCUGCCGUCGUAUAAGUGAAAUAUUCUUGAGUUCGGAGUAAAACACCAAUCAAAUAAAUAAGUAAAUAAAUAAAUUUGUCUCCACCAUGAUGAUUCAGCAAGAUGAUUUGUCUGUUAUCUAGAAACUAUUGUGAUGUAGAACACACUUCGGUUAUAAUUUGUUUCUAUGUUUAACGUGUUGUCUGAUCAAAAUUUGCUUGUAAACUAAAAAUCAAACUCCUUGCUGGUUUAGUGGAGGUCAGAAUUCUGCAUAGUCAAGAGGAACGAUUCGUGAAACCGGAUGUUAGUUUUUGCAUGGGCUGCUUUUUCUUAACAACACAAAUCCAUCAGGCCUUUGGAACACAUGGAGUUUUGAUAUUACCGGUUAUCUUUUCACUUGUUGUAAGAAUCAAAACGUUGUUAGUAAUUAAACCUUCUAUUUGAUGAUUGUAAAUAUGUAUCAUGUUUCUCACAUUUUGUAACGAUUAAUGGCGUCACGCUAUUUGGGCAAUAUUGCCAUUUAGCAAUGGAGCAAGUAAGAUAUGUUUCAUAGCCUGAUACUUUAAUCAUGGUUUAAAGCAUAAUAUUGCGUUUGGGAAAAAAAAAGCGGAGUACUAGCCAUACCUUGCUCAGAUAUGAAACAAUUUUUGCCUGUGUGCGUUGGCCAUAUUCUUGCCUUUACAUUAGUUGAGUUAUUUCCCUUGGAAAUAAGUAACGCCUGUUGGCGAUAUCAUAGUUGUACAAGACAGAGUGAUGUGAAGCUACUGAAUCGUUCUUAACAGAUUAACUGUCAAUUUUAUCUUUAGAUGCAAAUUUAGAUGAAUUACCCCAAAUAAUGGUAUUAACUAUUACUGAGCAGGGGCCGAUUUCAAGAAGCAAACUUAGUGCUAAGUAGCCCUUAGCUAGGUGCACUGUCUCUACAACAUUCGUUGUCAUGGUAUUUAAGUGCAAACUUAGCUAAGUGAGCUUCAUGAAACCGGCCCCAGAGUCUUAAAUUGUCAAAAGUGAGCCACUAUGCAAAAAAAGAAAGAGCGUACGUUUGCAAGUCAAGGAUGUGUGUAUUUUCCAGUCAGUAAUCACGCAGAUUGUUUGUAUAUGGAGGGCAUGUGCCAAAUAAAAGUGGCGAUAAAUUAUGGAAGUCAGUCAAUGCCAUGUGUCAUUUCAGCAAUGUCAUUUUAUUCUGUUAGAAUAAUAAAAGGGGGUGUUGUAUGCAUAAAAUACAUUUCUGCCAAUCACUGUUUUAUAUAUUUAUCUGGUUUAUGACAUAUAAUAACUCGUAUAUUUUAUUGUCUACAGAAGGCUUUGUCUAUUUAGGACAAUGUAUGUCUUUUAUACCUGUACGCAUAAUUGACUGAAACAGUGCAAAAUGUUACCGCCAUGAUCACGUUAGGGAAAUCUUUGUUGACUGAAUAUUUGGAAUAACGGGGAAGUGUAACAAAAUGUUCCCAACCUGUGCUGUCUUUAAUGUAUGUUACUAUAAGUAACGCUGCACUAUUUGUGUGCGCCUAUUCACCUUAAGGAUAAAUUACGACAUACAUAACAGAAAAGGACUACAGGGGGCUGUUUCUCAAAGAAGUCGUAACUUUACGCUAUCCUAAUAACCAUGACGUCACAUACUGACGACAUAUGUCGCCUUGGUAUUUACGACCUGCAUAACGUUACGACCCUUUGAGAAAGAGCGCCCUCAGCACGCAUCUUGGGACCACGUUUGAAGACGCACAUUUCCCCGUUGCAUGAACGGCAAGCUUCUUAAUAUCUGAGAAUAAUGUUUUUUGGUUUUAAUGAGUUUGUAUCUUUUGCAUAAAUGUUUGAUUCGUUGUUGUAUGUAUUAUGUACCAAACCAUAUUUUUGUACGUGUAUCGGUACAACAAAAUUGGCACAAAUUUAUUUAUUACGUGUAUUUGAUAUUGAAAUGUAUUGAAUAUUAUAUGA